AGGUGUAGUUCCUCUCCGGGCGCGGUGUAAACAGAGCGGUCUCUUUAAGUGGGUGUUAAAGCGGAUUAGCGCUGAUCCCGCUCUGAUUCGGGUUCGGCCGUCUGUUCCUCAGUCCGGUUCGGGUUUACGGACGGUCUGGGUUGGGAUGUUCGGUUCUGGUGUUCGGGAGUUUGUGUUGGACCGGUCCCGGUAACAGCUGGACCGGACCGAUCCUGCAGCGCGCGAGAGAGCAACUUUCCCCAGCGCGCGGAUUAUCCGGAGCGAUUCACUCUCCUCACACCGGACCGGACCGAGCCAAGACCGCUGAACCGGACGGGACCGGGGCCAGGAGUCUCUCCGAGGGGAGCAUGGGCUCGCGCGCGGCGGCAGCGGCGGCGGAGUGACAGGGCGAGCUGAAGAUGCAGAAGAGCGUGCGCUACAACGAGGGGCACGCGCUCUACCUGUCGGUGGUCGCGCGCAGAGAGGGGGUGAAGCGCGGGUACCUGAGUAAGAGGGGGGCGGAGAACAGCCGCUGGAGCGAGAAGUUCUGCGCGCUCCACCAGAACCUGCUCUUCUACUUCGAGAACGAGCAGAGCGCGCGACCCACCGGCAUCUACCUGCUGGAGGGGUGCACCUGCGAGCGCGUGCCCGCGCCCAAAGUGUCCGCCGUGGGGAGGGACGCCUCGGACAAGCAGCAGCACUAUUUCCUGGUGAUCUUCGGUCAUGACGGGCAGAAGCCUCUGGAGCUGCGAGCCGAGGAGGAGGCGGACUGCAGCGAGUGGGUGGAAGCCAUUCAGCAGGCCAGUUACUCUGACCUCAUCAUCGAGCGGGAGGUGCUCAUGCAGAAAUACAUUCACCUGGUGCAGAUCCUGGAGACGGAGAAGGUGGCAGCCAAUCAGCUCCGGACUCAGCUGGAGGACCAGGAUACGGAGAUCGAGAGGCUCAAGUCUGAGAUUGUUGUCCUGAAUAAAACAAAGGAGAGGAUGCUUCCGUUUCAGUCCAUUCAGGAUGAGGAAGAUCCUGAUAUAAAGAAAAUCAAAAAGGUGCAGAGCUUCAUGCGUGGUUGGCUCUGUCGGAGAAAGUGGAAGAUAAUCGUGCAGGACUACAUCUGCUCUCCUCACGCCGAGAGCAUGAGGAAGAGGAACCAGAUCGUCUUCAACAUGGUGGAGGCCGAGACCGAGUACGUUCUUCAGCUCUCCAUACUCGUCAACUGCUUCCUGCGGCCGCUCAGGAUGGCGGCCAGUUCCAAAAAACCGCCCAUCAGCCAUGAUGACGUCAGCAGUGUCUUCCUCAACAGUGAGACUAUAAUGUUUCUUCAUGAGAUUUUUCACCAAGGGCUAAAAGCAAGAAUCGCCAACUGGCCAACGUUAGUUUUAGCUGAUCUGUUUGAUAUUUUGCUGCCGAUGUUAAACAUCUACCAAGAGUUUGUGCGGAACCACCAGUACAGCCUGCAGGUUCUAGCUAACUGUAAGCAGAACCGGGACUUUGAUAAGCUGCUGAAGCAGUACGAGUCCAACGCUGCAUGUGAGGGACGGAUGCUGGAGACGUUCCUCACCUACCCCAUGUUCCAGAUUCCUCGAUACAUCAUCACUCUGCAUGAGCUUCUCGCGCACACGCCCCACGAACACGUCGAGCGCAAGAGUCUGGAAUUCGCCAAAUCCAAACUGGAGGAGCUCUCCAAGAUGAUGCACGACGAGGUGAGCGACACGGAGAACAUCCGUAAGAAUCUGGCGAUCGAGCGAAUGAUCGUGGAGGGCUGCGACAUCCUGCUGGAUACCAGCCAGACCUUCGUACGACAAGGCUCUCUGAUCCAGCUGCCGUCGGCGGAGAAGGGGAAGCUCAGUAAGGUGAGGCUGGGUUCUCUCUCUCUGAGGAAAGAGGGGGAGCGGCAGUGCUUCCUCUUCACCAAACACCUCCUCAUCUGCACCCGAACCUCCGGCGGGAAACUGCACCUGCUCAAACAGGGAGGAACUCUGUCUCUGAUAGAAUGCACUCUGAUUGAAGAAUUGGAUGCCAAUGAUGAGGACUAUAACGCUGCAGGUCAGGGCUUCAGUCAUCUGGAGUUUAAGGUGGUGGUGGAGCCGCCGGACGGUUCGUCCUUCUCGGUGGUGCUGCUCGCUCCAUCUCGCCAGGAGAAAGCAGCCUGGACCAGCGACAUCAGCCAGUGUAUCGAUAAUAUCCGCUGUAACGGCCUGAUGACCAGCGUGUUCGAGGAGAACUCCAAAGUCACCGUUCCUCACAUGCUCAAGUCAGACGUGCGGCUGCAUAAAGAUGACGUGGAUAUCUGCUUCAGUAAGACUCUGAACUCCUGUAAGGUUCCUCAGAUACGUUACGCCAGCGUGGAGCGUCUGCUGGAGCGCCUGACCGACCUGCGCUUCCUCUCCAUCGACUUCCUCAACACCUUCCUGCACACCUACCGCAUCUUCACCACCGCCGCCGUCGUCAUGGACAAGCUGGCCGACAUCUACAAGAAGCCCUUCACCUCCAUCCCCGUCAGGUCUCUGGAGCUCUUCUUCGCCACUAACCAGGGCCCUUGGGGCAGCGAGCACCUGAACAACAAGUCCCCGCGACUCUCGCGCAAGUUCAGCUCUCCGCCGCCGCUCUCCAUCCCCUCGCGCACCUCCUCACCUGUGCACUCGCGCAAGCUCUCGCUCAGCUCCCCGGUGGGGGGCGGGAAGACCGGUGCUCUGGACCUGUCGGCCGGAGCCUCGUCCUCCGCCGCCAGCAGCCCCACCUCCCCCUACAACCCCGCCCUCACCUCCCCCCCGCCCACCUGCACCCGGGCCCCGCUGGACCUCAGCCGCGGCCCCACCUCACCUGAGCUGCCCCCAACCACCCCGGAGGAGGGCGGAGACCUGCCGCGGAUCGACGCCUUCUGCGGGAAACUGAGGAGGAGCAUCCGCCGGGCUGUUUUAGAAUCUGUAUCGUUGGACAAGUUCAUCCCAGAGACGCCCACGUCCACCGAGCCGGGAGACAUGUCCCCCUGCCGCUCGCCGUCCACCCCCCGACACAUCCGCUACAGACCACCCGGAGGUCAGUCUGCAGAGGGCUCUCGCUGUGCCAUGUCCCCUGCCUCCGCCUUCGCCAUCGCCACUGCUGCAGCCGGACACAGCGGCCCACAAGGUUUUACCAACCCGGAGAAAUCCUACGAUAAAGAGUUCCUGAUCCGCAGAGCCGCGACCAACAGGGUCCUGAACGUCCUGCGACACUGGGUCUCCAAACACUCACAGGAUUUCGAUAUGAACGGUGAUCUGAAGGCCGGGGUGUUCACUCUGCUGGAGGAGGUGCUGAGAGAUCCUGAUCUGCUUCCUCAGGAGAGGAAAGCUACAGGAAACAUACUAAGUGCUCUUUCUCAGGAGGAACCGGACGACUCCCAGCUGAAAAUAGAAGAUAUUCUGCAGAUGGCUGAAUACCCAAAAUCGGAGUGUUUUGAGUCGCUGUCGGCGAUGGAGCUGGCCGAGCAGAUCACUUUACUGGAUCACAUCGUGUUCAGGAGUAUUCCUUACGAGGAGUUUCUCGGUCAGGGCUGGAUGAAAGUGGACAAGAAUGAGAAAACUCCGUAUAUCAUGAAGACCAGUCAGCACUUCAACGACAUGAGUAAUCUGGUGGCGUGUCAGAUUAUGACGCAUGCGGAUGUGGGCUCCCGGGCGAGCUCUAUAGAGAAGUGGUUGGCUGUAGCUGAUAUCUGCCGCUGCCUCAACAAUUAUAACGGAGUUCUGGAGAUCACCUCCGCCCUCAACCGCAGCCCCGUCUACAGACUGAAGAAGACCUGGGCCAAAGUCUGCAAACAGACUAAAGCUUUAAUGGACCGGCUGCAGAAGAUCGUGUCGUCUGAAGGAAGAUUUAAGAACUUGAGGGAAACCCUGAAAAACUGUAAUCCUCCGUGUGUACCGUAUCUGGGGAUGUAUCUAACAGAUCUGGCUUUUAUUGAAGAGGGAACGCCCAACUUCACCGAGGAGGGGCUGGUUAAUUUCUCUAAAAUGAGGAUGAUUUCUCACAUCAUCAGAGAGAUACGGCAGUUCCAGCAGACUCCAUACAGGAUAGAACACCAGGCUAAGGUGACCCAGUUCCUGUUGGACAAAACCUUCAUUAUGGAUGAGGACACUCUGUACGAACUCUCCCUGAAGCUCGAACCAAGAUUACCCGCUGCCAACUGACCACGGACUACUGACCACCGUCUACUGACCACAGACUACUGACCACCGACUACUGACCACCGACUACUGAGCACUGUCUACUGACCACUAAUUUCUGACCACCAACUACUGACCAUCGACUACUGACCACCGACUACUGACCACCGUCUACUGACCACCGUCUACUGACCACCAACUACUGACCACCAACUACUCAACACUGUAUACUGACCACUGUCCUCUGACCACCGACUACUGACCACUGAUUACUGACCACUGUCUACUAAACACUGUCUAGUGACCACUGACUUCUGACCACCGACUACUGACCACUGAUUACUGACCACCAACUACGGACCACCAAGUACUGAACCUCGACUACUGACCACUGUCUACUAAACACCAACUACUGACCACUGAUUUCUGACCACUGACUACUGACCACCAACUACUGACCACUGACUUCUGACCACUGACUUCUGACCACUGACUACUGACCACCAACUACUGACCACUGAUUACUGGCCACUGAUUACUGACCACCACUACUGACCACUGUAUAAUGACUACCGCCUACUGACCACUGACAAUUGGCUUGUGACCACUGUCUACUGACCACUGUCUACUGACCACUGUCUACUGACCACUGUAUACUGUAUAAUGACUACCGUCUACUGAUCACUGACAACUGGCUACUGACCACCAACUUCUGAACACUGUCUAGUGACCACUGUAUACUGAUCAACGACUACUGAUUACUGACUACUGUCUACUGACCACCAACUACUGACCACUGAUUACUGACUACUGACAACUAACCACAAAAUUCCAACAAACAAUGACCUAUGUCUACUGACCAUUGAUUACUGUCUACUGUCUACUGACCACAACUACUGACCCCUGUCUGCUGGCCACCGUUACGAUGGAGCACUGCUGCUGCACCAGUGCUGGACAGUAUCAUACAGUGUAUGAUUAUUUCUGUGUAGAUUUGCCCCCAGUGUGCCAGUGAACAGUGAUGCCAGCGUGGGCAUGAUGUAUGAAGUGGGCAUUAAUGGGGCAGAGCACCAUCACUCCAGACCCAACACAGCUUUUUAUACCUGCAUUAAUGCAACGACGUCAUUACGCCAAUAUUCCUCAGCUUUUACACUGUUCACACUGAUCAUCCACACUAAUAUUAGAGCCAGAAUAUAGAAAUAAAAUAGAAAUGAUUCUGUUUAUCUGAUUAGUACGAAUAUUAUGUUGUUUAAGUUAAAUAGUUUUUCUGUUUAUUCACAUUAAUCCAACACUCAGGUCAUGAAGUGCCUUUAUCUGAAUGCAAAAUAAAAACAGGACUGAUCAUUUUUAACUAAGAGCGAAUUAGAGUCGUAUUUUAGGAUCAUAUCAAUAAAAAUGCCUGAUCUUCAUAAAGAGGAUCAUAUUUCAGCGUUAUUGUUGAAGCUGGCGUUUCUCUCUCUGUCUGUGUUUAAUGGCCGAGUAAGUGUUCAGUGUGGGGGGUUACUAAAACUGUCUGAGACGAUCUUUAGGAUUAAAUAGUCAGCUGUGUAAAAAACGAAGAGAGCACUUCAAUUUCUGAAUCAGUUUCUCUGAUUUUGCUAUUUAUAGGUUUAUGUUUGAGUAAAAUGAACAUUGUUGUUUUAUUCUAUAAACUACAGACAACAUUUCUCCCAAAUUACAAAUAAAAAUAUUCUCAUUUAGAGCAUUUAUUUACAGAAAAUGAGAAAUGUCUGAAAUAACAAAAAAAAAAAAGAUGCAGAGCUUUCAGACCUCAAAUAAUGCAAAGAAAACAACAAGUUCAUUUUCAUAAAGUUUUAAGAGUUCAGAAAUAAUCAAUAUGUGGUGGAAUAAUCCUGGUGGUUUUUAAUCACAGUUUUUUUCAUGCAUCUUGGCAUCAUGUUCUCCUCCACCAGUCUUACACACUGCUUUUGGAUAACUUUAUGCUGCUUUACUCCUGGUGUAAAAAUUCAAGCAGUUCAGUUUGGUGGUUUGAUGGUUUGUGAUCAUCCAUCUUCCUCUUGAUUAUAUUCCAGAGGUUUUCAAUUUGGUAAAAUCAAAGAAAUCCAUCAUUUUUAAGUGCUCUUUUAUUUUUUUACAGAGCUGUAUCCGGCACCUUUAUCUCCUCUGAAUUCUUGAAUCUUAAAUACAAAUUUCACAUAUCUUAAAAUUGAAUGCAAUUUUUAUUGCAUUGCUUGUUUACCUGAUUUCAGCAAUGGGAAAUAAUUGAGUAUGAACUGUUUUUGGUGACGGACUUAAAAUUUCAGCUUUCGUUUAGCAUGUCUGUUUAUGUUUAUACAGUUGUUUGAUAGUUUUGCGCAUGUUGUUUUAAUAGCAUGUAUUUUUACUUUAAUUUAAUUUCGUUUUGCUUCUUUGUUUAGAAAUACUGAAUUAUUGUAAAUUAUUAUUACGAAAGCUCUUCCUGAUCAUUAAAACAAUCGUAGCAAACUCUUAUUUUUGCUGAAGGUACAGAAAACUGUGUAAAUAAAGUUUACUGUAUAAUUUGAGAAAAAAAGGAAUAUUAUCUCUGGCAAUACUUCAGGUUUUGUAGAGUUACAGAGCUCCAAAUUCAUUUUUAAAGUAUUUUUGGAUCAUAUGUUUUACACUUAUUUUACUGUAAAGGUUUCUUUCUUUUUGGUAGAAAUUUAAAUAGAUUUUGAUUUAUACGAAUAUUUAGUCAUUAGUUCAGUUUAGUAUAUUUUAUUUAUUGAUGUAUUUAUUUGUUUGUCUGAAUUUUAGCAUGUCCUGCUUGUUGCUUCUGUUUUUGUACAGUGCUGCAGACAAUGGAGGUGCCUAAUAGAGUCCAAGUCUUCACUUUUAUACCUGUUAUUAUAACAGUUUAUCGGAUUUCUGAUUUUCCAUAGGCAUCAAUUAAUAUGUACAUGAAAUGUAUUUACAGAUUAGACAUUGUAUGUGUAAUAAAUGAUCUUCUAUUAUUACUAUU